CUGCCUGCUGGUCGUCCGCCGUGUCGUAGAAGCCAUCAGAGAGAAGCAGCCUGUCGAACAAGUUACCAGCAGCAGGGGCGCGGCUUUUGGCGGUGGCGCGGGCUGGCGCGUAGGACAUAUUAGUCCACCACAUUGCAAUUUAGUCGGCACAACUUCUUAGCCAUGGCGGAUGCUCCUAAAAAAGGCUCCGGCAGGGUUCGAAAGCCACAGCAGCAGCAGCAGCAGCAGCAGCAGCAGCAGCAGCAGCAGCAGCGUCCACAAGCACCACAAGGGGGAGCGGCCGGGGCACCGAGAGGGGCGAGGGCCGCAGUAGUUGGAGGGGCAGGGAUGCAAAACCCCCCUCCCAGAACACAUCCACCUAAUCCUUACCCCCCCGGGCAGCAGCAACAGCAGGUAAUGGUGUACCCCCAACACCCCCAGCACCAUCUACAACAACACCCACAACAUCCGCAGCAUCCGCAGCAUCCGCAGCACCCGCAACGGAUGGGGCUCCCUGGGAUGGGCUUUCAGCACCCCCUACCGCCCCCGCCACCACCACCGGCGUUUUUUCCUGGGUCGGCGAGUCUGUUCGAGCAGCUCGACAAGCGGGUCAUGGUCGUUCUACGCGACGGUAGGCACCUGGUGGGAGUUAUGAGAAGCUACGACCAGUUUUCCAACAUCGUGCUGGAAGACACGCACGAACGACACUUUGUGAGAGAUAUUUUCGGGGAUAUAUCGCUGGGGCUUUACCUUGUCCGAGGGGAUGCUCUGGUGUUGAUGGGCGAACUCGACGAGACCCGGGAGGAAACUCCCAGGCUGAGAAGGGUCUCCGCGGACGAGAUAAUCGAGGCGCAGCAGGAGGCAUCGGCAGAGGAUCGCCAAGACGCGAAGCUAGACUGGUUGUUCCAGGAUUUGUCGUGAUUGUGAUGUAGUGCGCUUUGCGUCUCGUCUCCACCCGCUGGUGCUGGCUGUAUUUCCAACCUCUAGACCAACGCGGGCACUGAUGGUUUACAUGCUUGUUUUGGAAGAUGCGUUGCUGCUGUGAUGGUUUUUUGCUGCUGCGGUCUUUGUGCCAUAACUUGCAGCGCUCUGGCUUCGUUUCGUUUGUGUCUGGGCCUGUUGCUAGCGCAAGUCGCGUCUCUGGAAGGAUGAGGAAAUAUUGAAGUGAUUACAGUGGGGCGAUUGUAUGGAAACAGGCAAGUAGGGGCUGACCCCUGGAUCCCCUGUUGAAGGAGUACUGUGGUGCAGUUUUUGUCCGGUGUUGAAAAUAAAGGCAGUCCUUUUGUGAUAUGUUGGUCGGGUUGCGCAGAGCGGGCAGUCGAAGUCGUCUGCGUGCACCCGGUAUUUGGACGUGUUUUUCGACUUCGGGAACUUGUCGGGAACAAUUGCCCAGUCAGUGAUAGUAUACUGUAGAUUGAUACCAAAAUCCGCCAACCAGAGUGUCCAUUCAAAAAACGAUUGCCGAUACGGGGAUGGGUUGGCCGAUAUGGGCUCUAUUUGCGACAUACAAGCUGCAACGUGGAGACUCCGAAGCACUGACGCUGACAUGUCCCCGGGUUCGUGUGGCCGAU